AGUGAAUUCCGGACUAUCGUUUUGUACACCACGAACGUUUUUUCUGUAUUUGCGAAGUGCGUGACUGAAUCAAAAAUUCUAAUUAAAAAAAAAAAUAAAACAAAACCGUGAAAAUCGUCGAUAAUUGAUAAGUAAAUUAUUAUCGUUGGUUUAUACCGACGAUAUUGUGCGAAAUUGUUUUUUUUUUGGACUUUGUUGUGUGGUAAUAAUCCAAAAUUAUUGUUUAUACGGUUUUCGUCGUUUUUAACAGAUGGAAUAGCCUCAACGGAAAGAAGAAAAGCGACCCGCCAUUCUAGUAUCAGUGAAAUCAAAUGGGAAUGUACCUUUGAUUACGACAAACGUGAAAUUGUACCGGAUAUGACGUCGGACGAUUUACAACCAAUUGUUGGGGAUGCGGAAACAACAAAAAGCGGCAACGAAAAUGCCGAACCCGAUGUCGAGAUCAGCGAUAAUCCCGGGACUCCAAUACCUGACGGAAUGAGCGCACAAAGAGUUUUCAAAAAGGUUUCCCCUAACCAGAAGUUAACACUCUAUUUGAGCUCUCGCGAUUUGAUCGUUUCGCCUGAGGGAAUCGAUCGAAUUCAAGGUGUCCUAUUGGUAGAUCCCGAAUUCGUCGAAGAGAGAAAGGUUUAUGGUCAGGUGACAUUAACUUUCAGAUAUGGUAGAGAAGAUGAAGAAGUGAUGGGUCUAAAAUUUUGUAACGAAGCAAUCAUGUGUCUAGUUCAACUCUAUCCCCCCAAUCCAUCGAUGUCGGAGUCAAUUACACCCCUCCAGGAAGCCUUAAUAAAAAGACUUGGCAACAACGCGUACCCUUUCAACUUAGAAAUCACUCCGUUGGCUCCACCGAGCGUCCAAUUGGUUCCGGCCAAAGAAUACCAUGGAGCGCCAAUCGGUACAAGCUACGAUAUCCGAGCUUAUGUCGAUCGAGUAGACGAAAAAUUGCACAGACGUUCGACUAUUCGGAUGGGGAUCCGCGUGGUUCAAAGAGCGUACCCACCCCCGUCGCCUCACAUGUACGUACCCGGCGGAGGCGGUAGAACUUGCAAAGAACGAGCCAGACAACAUCGAAGAGCUUUGCUAUUCAGUUACAAAAACACUUGGUUGGAUACAACCACCUGCGCGAAAAGUGAGAAAGAUUCUCAAAAUCUUCACAUUCUCGGCAAUUUCGAAAAUCAAGAGAACGGUUCCCGUUUGGAUAAUUUGACGAGAAACGAUACAUAUAAAGAGAAAGUGACGUUAAGCGGGUCGAAUAACAUGGACGUAGAUAAACAUCGUGAUGUCGGACAGGGAAAAGAAGAAGAAAGUGCCAAAAUCGUAGGAAAAAAAGAAGAUGAUAAAGCGGAAGAUUUAGAAAUCGAAGAACGGAAACUAUCGGAAGUAUUUUACAACUACUGCGGCGGUAAACGACCGAGUUUGGCGGCCUAUUUAGCUAGCAUACCACCGCCGAAGGCUUGCGUCGAAAAAAUCUAUCUACUCAGCGAAGGCAAGAUAUGUUUGACGGCUACGUUAGAUAAAGCUGUAUAUUCGCACGGGGAGCACGUCAAAGUGACAAUUCACAUAAAUAACAACAGCAAUAAAUCCGUUAAAAGAUUAAAGAUUUUCAUUGUUCAACAUGUCGACGUAUGUAUGUUUUCCAAUGGAAAAUUCAAGAACGUAGUUGCUUCCUUGAAUUCCAAAGAAGAUUGUCCUAUUCAUCAUGGUAAUACUUUCGAAAAAACCUUUUCCUUGGUACCUGUUAAAAGUACGACAAAGAACUGGAUUGCACUGGAGGAAUCAUAUAACAAAUGCGGAACUAGUCUUGCCUCUACAGUUACUUCAACAAAUAACCCAGACGAUCGGAACGUAUUCGCAAUCUACGUUUCCUACUACGUUAAAGUGAAACUUCUGGUUAAUAGAAUGGGAGGAGAUCUCAGUUUAAAAUUACCUUUCACUCUGAUGCAUACUUGCUGCGAUAUCGAUCAGAAUCAAACCGAGACCUUGUUGGGAGUCAGACCAGAAAUUCCGACGGAUUUAUCUCGGCCUGAUGAACAGACAAACAAAUCGCAAGAAAUACGCGACGAAGCCGGUGUUAGUACGUCGAUGACGUGUUGUCAGGACGAUGUCAAACAGGAGAAGGAUGGUACGUGAGAUAAGGAGAAACAGGUUGUAGUAGAAAUCAACAAAUUAUCUCCUGUCGGAACGUUAUCGAACCAAAACCCCCGGCGAGAAAUCAAAAAAGUACCAGAACAAACAAAAAAAAACACGAAUUUGCAGGACGACAAUUUCGAUGAGAUAACGACAGUAAAAAGGAGCGAAGAAUUAGAUGAAGAAACUGGAAUUUUUGUAAACACCGAAAAUAAACAAUGCGAAAAUCACAAAGGUUUCAGUUUUCAACGAGCGUGGUGUUGUUUAAAUAGACGUACUUCAUAACGAUUAGUAGAUAUUUUUGUGUAUAUAAAUUUUAGAUAUAUAAGAAUUGUAUAAAUAAAAUUGAUUGAACCAAAGACGGUCCUGGCACUUUUUUGAUAUAAAUUCAUAGUACUUUUGAACAAACACGUUUUAUGCUUUCGUUUACUCGCUUUCUAUCAAUACUUAUCUAAUGUUUUGUCUCUCUUUGAAAUGGCUUCGUCUCAAACAUCCACUACUAAUUUCGUCUUAAUAUUAUUGUUGCAUUAGGAUCAAAAUGGCAACAACACCUUCGGCUUAAACAUUCUAAACUUUUUUGUUCACUAUUAGAAUCGAUGCUAUACCAGUGCUGUACACAUCUAUUCAGUAUUUUUUCUAACCUAUUAACACAAAAAAAUAUACAUAUCGUCCGUGUCUUAAUAUAAAAUAUAUUUGUCAUAUGUGUGUUAAAUCAAAUAUUCUACGAAAAAACAGCUGAUUCCAGUUCACCAUUUUGGCGUCAUUUCUAUGAUAUUUCGAAAUAACCAUUGAGUUAAUAUUAAAGAUAGAGAUAAAGAUGUUCUUUUUCUUUCUUUUAGCAGUUUGGAGCCACUUGAGCAAGCUUCCAUAUCUAUGUAUCUAAUAUGAACUCAAUGACUUUAACCGAAUUUUUAGUUCUAACAAAAAUCGAUAAAAUCGAUUCGAGUCUCGAAUACGGAACUAAAAAUUCUGAUGCACUACACGCGAUUAGUAUCUGAACUGAUUCAGAAUAAAAUCGUUAUAUUUUUGAAAUAAGACAAAUAUCGUGAAACAUUAGACAGAUCAAGAUAAAAGCAAUAAAUGCGGAUUAUUACAUUGAUAAUACUUUUAAGAAUAGAAAUGACCUGUUUAAUAUCCCAAAGCAGAUGAGGCCGCUUUAAGUAAUAAUAAGAAGAAUUAGUUACGACAGAUGGUUAUUUUAUAACCUAUUAAUUUUGUUGCAGUAAAUUAAUGUUUGUUCAAGAAUACGUUUUAGUUUACAGAAACUAUAUUUAAAGACUGUUACUCUAUUUGUGUUGUAAAUAUUUCAAGUUUGUAAUUAUUUUUUCAAAUAAAUUUAUGUUUGAUUGAAAAUAUGAAAAGUGCAAAGAACAUCCAAUAUUAAAAAUAGUUAAACUGAUACCCGUCACCGUAAUUUGUAUUAGAUCCCAGCACUAAAAGGUAAUAAUAUCAUUUUUUUAAUAAAAAAUAUUUAAAACAA